GCGUCAAUUUGACAACCAACUGUCACCCCGCUGGUGAGAAAUUUUCUUCCGCUGAAGGUGUGCAGAAGCUUGCGAAUCGUUCCGUUCGUAAAGUAAACCAAUUUCCCCGCAUAAAAAUGUCCUACGUUGCCAGGAAGGGACCGCAAGUGGUGUCCGCUCUCGGACGAUGGGCCUACAAUCUGUCCGGAUUCAACCAGUACGGUCUGCACCGCGACGACUGCCUGUACGAGGACGAUGACGUGAAGGAGGCGAUCCGCCGCCUGCCGGAGAAGGUCAAGGACGAGCGCAACUACCGCAUCACCCGCGCCCUGCACCUCUCGAUGACCAAGACGAUCCUGCCGAAGGAGCAGUGGACCAAGUACGAGGAGGACACCAAGUACCUGGAGCCGUACCUGGAAGAGGUCAAGCGCGAACGCGACGAAAUUAACAAGUGGGAGGCCAACAAGUAAGCCGGAGGUUCUGGCUGGCGGGAUCCUGUACCGUUUGCGGAGAUCUGCUUCGUAAACAGAAGAUUGUUAGAUUAGUUGCUUCGCGAAAAUGAACGAGAAUGAUAGGGGAAAUAAAAUGAAAAUCGGGAAAAAA